AAUUCAAAACGUGUUCGGACUUUAUGACGCGCAAUCUCACUUUCUUCAGUCGCCAGUACGCAUGCGUAAACAGUGUCGGAUGGUUGUGUACUCUCUCCAAACAUAACCUCAAAUUUCACGUUCAACAUUCACUACCUAAUUAUUUAAUUUACAAUGGCUUAUUUUAGCAAUUUAGAAAAAUGCGGCAUAGUAUUUCUCUUAUUUAUUGUGGUAUUUUUGUUGAAGUGUGUUAUUAAAUUGGUGUACACUUAUGUCAUUGGACCGGCGGUGAAUAAAGUGGAUUUCAAAUCUAAGGGAAAGUGGGCCUUGGUCACUGGGAGUACUGAUGGCAUAGGAAAAGCAUACGCGAGAGAGUUAGCAUCUCGAGGCUGUGAUAUUGUUCUAGUCAGUCGAUCGUUAGACAAAUUGAAAUCUACUGCGGUUGAAAUUGAGAACGAAUUCAAAGUGAACACAAAGAUUGUUCAAGCGGACUUUUGCGAAGGCGAAAGCGUUUACGAUAAUAUAUCGAAGGAAAUAGCCGAUAUAGAAAUCGGGACGAUCGUGAACAAUGUCGGUGUUUCCUACACCUACCCUGAGUACUUCCUGGAUAUACCUGAUUGGGAGCAGUCAAUCAACAACAUGAUCAAAGCGAACAUUGUGUCAACAACUCGUAUGACCGGUCUGGUGUUGCCAGGGAUGGUGCAGCGAGGAAAAGGAGUCGUGAUCAAUAUUGGAUCUGGGGCUUCUUCCAUACCCAGCCCUCUACUUACUAUUUAUGCUGCUACCAAGGCUUUCGUAGAGAAAUUCACGGAAGGCCUUGAGAUGGAGUACAGUAAAACGGGGAUAAUCAUACAAUGUGUUCUACCAGGCUUUGUCUGCUCCAAAUUAUCUGGCCUACACCGUAGUUCAUUAAUGGCUCCCACUGCGAAGGCAUACGUCAAGUCAGCGAUUAGCCUCGUGGGCACCAGUUCCAGGACCGCUGGUUACUUUCCUCACGCUAUGUUCUUUUAUUUCAUCAACUCAUUCUACGCCAUGGCUAGUAAAUUCAGCGUAUGGCUAGUCACCAGGUCCAUGGAGACCACUCGAAGGAAGGCACUGAAAAAGAAAGAAAAAAUGGAAGCUUGACCUGUGAAUUUUGACCACGGAUACAAUAGUGUGUUGUAAUAAGUAGAUUUUACGGGAAACAAAAAUGGAUAGAGUCACUUUUCGAUAAAGAAUGUCAUUCCACAUUUUUUAGAUUUCGAAGCAUUAACAGUUGUAGAAAGAGAAUUGUAUAACUUGGCUACAGACCCAAGACUUUAAGGAAAGGGGACAUGGAUGGAACUUAUCAGACCCACCCCCCGUGAA